AUGUCUUCCGCCCCAAAACCCACGCAGAACCAGGAUCGCCUGCGCUCCCAUUUCAACGGCUACGAUGCCACUGCUCACGGCGACCGUUGGGAUGCCCUUUGGUCCGAGGGUACCUUUCUCCCUUGGGACCGCGGUCAUGCCAAUCCCGCCUUGAUCGACACCCUGAAUCAACGCGCCGAAGAACUGCUGCCCCCGCCGCGUCGCGACCAAGCUCAAACAAAUCGCGCUCGCGCCUUAGUUCCCGGUUGUGGAAAGGCCUAUGAUGUAGCGCUGUUUGCAGCCCAUGGCUAUGAUGCGUACGGCCUCGAGGUCAGUCAACACGCUGUGAAGGCUGCUGAAGCCUACUUGGCCGAUCCGGGCGAGGGCCCAUUGGAGGGAGAGUACACAAAAGCGAAGAAGCACGGGACUGGCACACCUGUCACCAAGGCUGUGCUGGGUGACUUUUUCGAGGACGCAUGGCUGGAUCAAGUGGGCGGCUUAGGCGACGGUUUCGAUGUAAUCUAUGACAACACGUUUCUAUGUGCGCUCGCGCCUGAGUUGCGGCCAAAGUGGGCGGCUCGCAUGGCCGAGCUUCUCGCGCCCUCCGGCGUACUCAUCUGCCUUGAGUUUCCUACGCAUAAACCACCUUCAUCGGGAGGACCGCCGUUCUCGCUUCCCUCGCUCGUCCACGAGGAACUAUUGAAGCGACCAGGUGACGACAUUUCAUAUGACGAGGCUGGUAAAGUAAUCAAGACGGAGCGCGAAGAAAGCCAGCGGGCAUUGGUCAAGAUGGCGCAUUGGACCCCCGAGCGGACCAUCAACGUGGGUAUGGUGAAUGGAGUCGUGACGGACCGCGUGAGCGUUUGGAAGCACAGAUCAUAA